GGGGUUGACGGAGUUUGCUUGAAAAGCGAUUUUGAAUGAGUGAAGCUCUUGAGUUUUAAGUUUCAAGGUAAGCUUGUUUAAUGGAUGCAAUAUCUGUACCGAUAGUAGCAACAGUGCACGGAAGUAUUAAUUCGGAAUCUCCAUGGCAGUAUAGCUUACCCAUCAGAGGCAUCUUAAAUAGGUGCUUUGAAUGCUCUCUUCCAACGGAGUGAUGCAUUCAUGCGGAAGGUAAACGGAGAGGAACCAAUAGUCUGAUUUCGGUUUCGAUAGGUGCUCUCGGUAGUGUAUAAGUAGUGCAUGGAUAAAGCAGAAAUAUUGUUGUGAUGCGUAAGAUUGUAUUUGUUUGAUCAAUUUGGUGUAAGUUUUAAUUUUCCUAUGUUCCAUUUUAUCCGUAUGCAAUCCGUUUAAAUUUUUUAAAUUCAUUAUGUUAUCUUUUAUGAAAGCCUGUUUGUCUCGCAGCAUUAUAUGAAUAUAAUCUCGCCAUUCUCAGAUUAAGUAAGAGGUACAGUUGAAAGCGAUAUUACAAAUGAAAACCCUAAAGCAAUGAAUAAGCGGGCCGAACCAGAUUAGAUAGAGCAGAAGGCAGCAUUCUGUCGGGACACAUCAUCAAACCGCUCGGACAGGACCUGGUGUAACCGUCUGUAAAUUCGAUACUCUGCGUACUUGUUCGUUAUCUCUGUGAACGUGUGUGAUUGAUAUUUAGCGUAUUUUUAAAAACAACAAGCAAAAGGCACAAAUCGCGCAUACAAUGGGUGUCGUAGGCUUUCGGGCAAGUGUAGGAACAAAUGGAUUAAGUACUAUUUAUCCUUUAAGCACGAAAAUUAUAAGGGAACGUGUUAAAUGAUAGGUAAACGUGUUCGUUGUGUCUCAGUGCGAAACAUUAGGGGAAACUAUAAAUGAUACUUAGAUAAAUGAUUAAACGGCAGAGAAGUAUAACAAAACGCAACAAAUCGAAAAUGGUGUCUAGUGAAAUGAGAAUAUAUACAUAUACAUACCUAUAGGAGCAUACAAAGGUACAGCUGAAUGGAACAAGUGUAUUGUGUAGCCAUAAUGGGGGGAUGGAAAGAUAGACUAGAACAGCCAGAGCAUGCCGGAGACACGGCGAUGUAAUUCUAGGUAAUACGUAGAGGGAAGAAUAGCUAUCCCUGGCAAGAUACGACUUACAAACAGACAGGGUGGCACUAGUCUAGGUAAACGAAUGUGUGGUAUAUAUCAAUGCGCAACUGAUGAGGGUAUUAAAACAGGGGUCCCAACAGGAGGAUUUAGGUUUUCGCUGGCAAUCCGCUGCCCGAUGCCCGGACGAGAAUACAGGUUAAACCGUUUUAGAAUCACCAAAAACACCAAACCCCUUAUUGGAGUACUAUCCGUUUCUUUUCGAUUAGUAAGCGCGUGGUCUCUCUGCCGUAAGCUAGCAACCACCUGUGCGCAUGCUGCGCUUGAUAGAGAGAGAAAGAGAGAGCUUCGGGAGCUGCUGAUGGUUACUAAUCUAGCAGACCAUAGUAGCUCGUGCGAUAAAUGCGAUCGGAAUUUACUGACGAUGGGUAUCCGUUUGUCUCUCGUAUGAGUGUUUGUGUAUUGUGUGUAUGUGUGCCUGUGCCUCUGUACGUGUCUUGGGGCAGAUCAGUUCGGAUCGUCGGAUAGUCGUACUUAGGAAGGAAUAAAACAGAAAUCCAAA